AUGGCUACGGAUCUACCUAUUCACCACCACUCGAAUUCGUUUUGGUCCGAACCACAGUUUGUUGUGCGACUUGCAGUAUUGGUAUUAAAUACACCUUGCAAUUCAUGGUGUAUCACUAAAGAUGGCGAUGGAUUGCACAGCUCCACACUCUUUUGGAAUUUGUGGAGCAAUGCUCAGCUCACCGUAUGUGCAGACGGAGGCGCUAACCGACUUUACGACCGCAGCGUGGCUCUAAAUGUGCACCACCAAGUAGCUCCGCUGUAUAUAAAAGGUGACUUGGACUCCUUGCGCUCAGAUGUACGCGAUUUUUUCGAGGCCAAAGGAACGACAGUGUUGAGAGAUUCAGACCAGAAUUCGAAUGAUCUGGACAAGUGUCUGCAAUUAAUUUACCAGCAACAGACAGAAUCGGAUGAUCGAAAAUUUUCGGUCAUGAUUUUUGGUGCUAUGGGGGGAAGGUUUGAUCAAGAAAUGCAAAACAUUAAUGCGCUUUUCAAGUGGAAAGACAAGUUUGAGCAGAUGGUCUUACUAUCAGAUGACACUACGGCAAGGCUCCUUGAACCAAACGUUCGACAUAUAAUCACACCAAAUUUUCGCUUUGAAACCCGAACAUGUGGAUUAAUUCCAAUAGCAGGGACGUGUAAGGAUAUCACGACGUCUGGACUCAAAUGGAAUUUAAGCUCCGGAAUGGUCACAGGCUUUGGGGAACUGAUCAGUAGUUCCAAUUAUGUUGAUGACCUCAUCGAAUACAAGCGUGACAUAUUAUAUAUUUUCACAGAUAGAUUCUUUAUUUCUGCUUUGGAUCUUUGCUUUGCCAAUCGAAAUCAUACAAUGCAAUUUUUUAAGCACUUGACUGAUCCAGCGCUCAAGCGGCUGUACAAAUUUGUACUCAAGCGCAUGAUUGGCCGUUUCUUGGCGGCGGAUGAACUAGAUCUGGACCAAUUAGAUGUGCAUCUUCGCUCUGGACGAUUAGAGCUUUGUGACUUGCUGCUCAAUGCUGAAGUUUUGAAUGCUGAACUGUGCGAGGCGUAUGGACUGCCAUUUAAGGUAAAAAAAGGGUAUUUGGGCUCCGUUCGCGUCGCAAUCUCUUACACCAACAUCAUGAGUGAAAGCUGUUUGGUGGAAAUUGACGAUAUUGAGAUCAUUCUAGUGCCUCUUGAGACUGAAAUGACUUCGACUCGACAGAAGCGUUCUACCUUAAUGGAGAAACAAGAGAUAAAGCAAGAAAUGCAACAAGAAAAAAAAAGUAAAAAAAGUGCUGAAAAUCGUGACGAGAUCUCACAGGAAGGACUCGAUUUUGUGGCCAGUUGGAUCGAGCAAGUCACAUCAAAGAUUAAAGUUACUUUGUCGAAUGUUUGUUUAAGAUUGGAGACAGGAGAACAACAUAAAGGGCGCGAUGUGGCACUGUUGUGUCAAUUGCAUUGGGCGCAGUUUACAGAUGAGUCAGUUGAUGAAUUGUCAAGUUUUUACGGACGGAACAGCUCUGUGGGAUUAUUUGGAUCGCAUACGUUAGAUGGAGGCACCCAAUCAAUGGCUGCUAGUUCUCUCUUUGGUGUAGCACAAAAAGGGAUUAAGUUUCGUGGUUUAACCAUGGAUUUACACUUGAGCAGCGAUGAAAGCUCUCAAAAAGAUGUCAUUGACCGGCGGCGAACAGAGUAUUCUGAUAUGGUAUUACAUUCGUUUUUGUCAAGUAGCUUAAGCAUACAGAACUAUUUUCAGCCUCAAUAUUUUCCGGAACUUGAAAAAAUAGUGAAUGCGUUUUCGACGGAUCCUGUCAAGUUGACUGCUAGCGAAAAUUAUACGUCCACAUCACUUUUUGAGUCAAUUUGUAGUGAGCGCCCUGCAUGGCUCACUGGGAGUGAACAAAAUGAUGUUAAUGAGGAGACUGGAGCACUUAAUCUGUCGCUCAAGGAAUUUGAACGCAUUGAAGAACUCUUAAGGCAAUAUCGACAGACGCAAGAGAUACUGAAAAAAGAGCAGCGACGUCGGUAUUCAGCAGAAGAAAGUAGUACAGAAAGGCAAGGGAUGUUUAGGACGCGAAAGCUAUCAGCAGCAGAAAGUGUCGAAAGUGUUGGCUUAUCAGAAUUAGAAGACGAAGAAGAUACUUUUUUUGAGUGUGAAACAGGCCUUGCUAGCUCUGUCGCGCCAAGCGCCUCGCUCAGUUAUAGUAAAUUGAGCCAGUCUUUGUACGCGUCGGCGAACGAGACGUAUAGUAAAUGUGAUGAUCAAACUCACGUAACGUGGUCUACAACGGCUGCGCAGAAUCGAGCGGCACGUCGUGUACAGUCGCGAUUUAAAGCUCACUUGCUGGAGUGUGAGAUUGUGUUUCUUUAUGACGACCUUCCUGACGUCGACGAAGAGAACGAAACAGUGGAAGAAGACGAUGAAUCACUGGCCGAAAACCGUAUUCAUCGCGCUCCUGUCCAACACACGACAUCCUUGCCAUCGGUUAAUGGUUUAGAGCGCUUGGAACUUUCACUUAAAGACAUCAUUUGCUCUAGCUUGGUGUAUUCACAAUACUUCGUUACUGCACUUACUAUAGGUAAGGUCACGUUGACCGAAAAGACGCUUCCGCGCAUGCUGUUGGACACCAAUGACGGGGAGACGGCGAUGCUGUCGACGUGUGUUUUGGAGUUUGCUGACACGUCGCCUUUUACCGGUCAAAAAGCUAGUUUAUCGAAAAAUGUGUCAGCUCAAUUACGUAUCGAUUUCGAGCCGGCAUCAGAUGACAUGACGCCAUCGACAAUCGCAUCGCUUGGAGUGCGCGUGAAUGUUCAACCGGUGUUAUUUGAAUGGGAUAUGUAUCUGCUAGAUCGAACACAUCGUCUCCUCGCGCUUUUGGAACAAGAUACGUCAGCGACGAAGCGAAAUGUAGAAUUGACAAGCAAGAAAAAUCAAGCUCAAGAGUUUGUUAAAGCACUCGAUAUGACAACAGAUUGUGUUCAAAUGACGCUGCGAUUUCCCAUGGUAAACAGCGAUCUGAUUCGCUUCGGUGUGUCGUCCAAGCGUGGUCUGUGUGAGGAUCGAAUUGUUCUGUCUAUAAAGGGCAUGAACCUGGCAUCGCAUUCAUCACAAGCUGGUGUUGAUGACGAUGAGGGUCGUUCUCCGAUGCUUCCUCAGCACAGUAAACGCACUUCGCUGCCGUGGUUGGCUGAGUUUGAUGCUUCAUUUGACACAAUGCAAGUGGCCUUUUUGAUUCCAGAGCUGGGCAAUCAGCGAAGCCUUCAUCUGGAAAAAGUGGUCCUUUUUGAUGCUUGCAGUGAUGAACGCCUGCAAGACGUUUGCACUCUUAAAUUACGACUUCAGACGCCGUCGCGAGACGAAGUGAAAGAGGCAAUUACUAGCAAACAAAAUCUGUCACAAGAUUCAAGUCACAAUCCCGAUAUUUUGUCUGAGGGUAAUUUCUCCGAUGAAGUUAGUGGAGAUGACAACGAUGGAGGAAGGGUAGGUUUAAACGGCUGGAACCUUGAUGCGCUGGGGCGUGUAGAGUCAUUUGAAGCAGCAGCAGCAGAAGCAUCCCUCUAUUCCAUGGAAGUUGGUCUUCCUCGGGCUACUGCAAUCUUGUAUAAGUCCUCGCUCGACCGAAUCAUGGUGCUGUUUGACGCGCUCUUGACGAUUAAUCCAACUGAUGUUGACAUUCACAAUGACGUACUCAAUAAGGCUUUACACCGUAACCGUUUGACCCCUAAUUUCAUGAGUUUCAAGCUCAUGCUAGGCGAAGGAGCUAUCCAGAUCCGCGACUAUGUUGCAAUCCCUGCUUUGCCUUUUAACGGCGCUAACCCAACUUCAGUCCGUGUGAAUCAAAAUGUGGCAACUGAUCGGCAGAGUGAUCUUGAAAAAGUUUUAUUCACCUAUCAUUUCGUUUUUCAGUCAUUGAAAAUAUUCCAAGUAUCUCAGUGGAUGGGACAAUUGGUCUCUCGCGUUCACGUAUCAGCUCAGAACACCACAUUACUGGAGGAAAAUGGCCGCACUAAUGCAAUUGUGCCAAUUUUAUACAAGACUCCGUUUGGAGAUUCCAAAGCUCCAAUCUUUUUCAUGGGAGUUGACAUCACAGACCAAACAAACGAAAUGCGAGAAAUGAAUGUCGAAUUGCACGUCUCGCAUCUAACAUUACGCUAUGAUGUGCACUCCAGGUGGAUGAUGCAACUGCUUGAGAUUCUUUUAAUUGAUUACCCAGUUCCGAUCAUUCCACUCGAUUCGGCAACUUUGUCAAAUGAGGAGAGUUUAGUAUUUUCUGAAUCUAUCAAAAAUGGAGGAGAUUACGAUGCAGUGCCCUUAGCAAUCGAUUCGAAAACUGUUUUUACGAAACUUUUUGUCAAAUUUUACGACGUUCUGGUCGAUUAUGCGCCAGUGUCGCUAACGUCACGGAUGAUUCUUUUGUUGGGCAAAGUUGACGUCUAUUCCAAUGUUGUCACAGGUGCUAUUAUGCAAGGCUACAAAAUAUCAAUUGGUGAUUUGGAGCUUUUUAUGACGCAUGCGCAUGCAGGCUACGAGGAAAUCGAUCAAAUUCUUCUGGGUAAUGAAAUCUUUUUGCAGAACAAUGCUAAAAGCUCGAUGAAGAAGGCAGUCAAAUUUGCCGCAACAUAUGCUGUUAGUAGGGAGACAUUAGGUGUUGAGUGUCCGUCGCUGUUAAAAUUUUUAGAGACGUUUGGCUUCUUGCAGCUUGUUACGAUGGAUUUUUUGGAUAUUUUUUUGCGUGUGCUCGUUCAACCGACAGCAAUCGAAGCUGCAACUGCAUCACGGGAUCAACUGGAGCAGAAAUUGUCAGCUGCGGCGGCAUCACCAGAGUUGUCAGUGGAGCUUAACUUAGGCACCGCUAAUAUUUAUGCGUGUUUUGACUCGUUCAAUACGUUGAUCGAGCUGCUGUCGGUGUGGACCGAUCAGCUUGCAAUCAAACCAGAGCCACAAGAUACAACUGCCUAUGUAGGUAUGGAUGGAACGGGUGACAUCUCCAGUGUAUCAGUGGUCACCAACUUAAAUCAUCUUCCUGCCAGUAGUGCAUGGACAAAUGGUUUAACUCUUUCAGAGCGAUCUAAUACACAAGGAUUCUCAACCUCGAGUAGUGUUUGUAGCGAACGACUCAGCAUUGAUAACAGCGAAAAGCUGAGACGGGAUUCUUUCAAUAUUAUGGAGCAAAUCGAUCAAGACGCAUUUGGUAGCGGAAAGACGAUUUUUCCUGGCAAGAUUGUUGCUACAGACACUGAAGCGCGUUUAUUACGAACUCGAAUGAAUUUGAUUCAGAAAGAGAAGGAGCGGAUCGUACAGGGGCUUGAUAAUGAGCUGUCCGCUUCUGAGUUACGACUACGCUAUCAAUUAGAGGAACGACGAAAGUCGGUGAUAUCCGUCCCCAUGAGCGAGCUUGUGAUUGAAGACUAUUAUGCUCACAAUCGCUCAUUUGGCGAGUUUGAUGGCGAGCCAGCUGGAGCUUUUUUGAUGGAACCCCACGAAAAUGCAGAUCAAGAUGAUCCGUGGUUUGCGUCAAGCUCACAUCCGCCAAGUCCUUCACAGUCUCCAGAGCAGACAGCAAUGCCGUAUAAGGAAGAAACAGUGCGGUGGCUUCCACUUGACGGAGCCCGCAUAGAUUCUGGAAUUAGAGGAUCUACAAGUCCUAUGUGUCGACCGUACGCUUCUGUGUUCGAGGCUAUGGAAGACAAGGCGCCGAUUCCCAUGUCUGUACAGUUAACGCAUAACAAUGACAGACUGAAUGAUUACGAAGACAAUGAAGUAGACGAAUUUGAAGCCAAUAAGGCUUCAUGUGGCGCAUUUCCGGCGGCAUCGAAAAAUUUGUGGAAAAUGCAGAGAAGGCAUCACGACGUGGAAAUGAGCGAAGGACAGACCGAAGAGACGGCCUCAUCGUUUUCACAUCAAUUGGAUCUGAUAGAGGGUAGCAGUGUGACUGAGGCAGACAGUGAAGGUAUGGAUGGCAGGAAUGCUAAUACUGGGCACCCAACAUCCAUGUCUAUGUCCUUUAUCGACACAGGGGGAGACGAAGGUAAAGAAGUCAAAUUGGAAUUUGAUUUGGAUCAAGAUCUUCAGUCGCAAAUUAAUCAAAUGCUAAACGUGGAUUUAAAUGAUGGCUACGAAUUUAAUGGUGAUGAGAGUGAUCAAGUGCGAGACGAGCAACGAUCGAAUGCUUCUUUCUCAGUACGAAAGAUGUCCUUUUCCUCGAAUGGUAGCCAUCCUGGUGCUCCCACGUCGUCGAUAGGUCAACCUUCGAUGUCUCCGCCAGACCAGCCAACAGCACGCUGGUUCUAUGACGAACAACGCUCGGACGAUGGAAGUUUGCCGAAUUUCGGCCCACCGUCGCGAAUUUACCCACACCAUGUUGAAAUUCCGGUCGGUGGCUCAGCAUCAUCGUUAUCAUUUGGUGAAAAAGAGUGCAAUGAUGCCAUACGAUCGAUUGCUCGGGAGAAUGCUAUGCGCAAAGUAGAAGCAACUCCGCCGAUCGUUAUUCAGCACGUUUUGCUGCGAAAUUUCAACAUUUGCAUGCGAUUUUUUGGCGGGUUCGACUGGACUCGUGAUGCAAGCGAAGCAGUGAAGCUUUGCUCAUUUAGAGAGACUGAUGCUGCAAAACAGUCAAAGGAUAAAAAAAUUGACAGUGCAACUGCAAAGGAAAAACUUUUAGACGCUUUAUUAGACGACUAUGUUCCGUCCGGUGGUGGAGAUCUCUUUGAAAUCGAUAGCAGCUCCGCCUUUUUUGGAGGAGCGAAGAGCGCACCGACAACGUCAUUUAUGACGCGCGACCCGGCAAUGAGGUCAAGGGCAGCAUCAAGUGACUUUAUUCUCUCUCGUAAGCGUGCAUUAAACAAAAGUGGACGGAAGACCGAGGAAAUGCUCGAGUUGGUUGUCACUCGCAUCCAGUUUCGUGUGGAUAUGUUUAAUAAAGCCGAGACGCAGUCGUUGGCGUCUCAUUCCUUUAUAGCGCUAGGUGAUCUCGAGCUUCUUGACUAUAUUUCCACAUCCCAAAUUCGCAAGAUUAUCUGCUACUGGAAAUCAGAAGCAACUCACCCACGUGAAAGUGGUAGUUCCAUGGCACAAAUGCAGUUAAUUACUGUUCGACCGGGACCAAAUCUAUGCGAGGAGCACCGUCUGAAAGCGCGUUUGUUGCCGUUACGUAUUAAUCUUGAUCAGGAAGUUGUUAAGUUUCUACGGCAAUUUGUGCCACCCAAAGAGAUACCGACCCAAUGUCAGCACCAACAGAGUAUGGCCAACCUGGAUGAGACGGAAGAUGAUGACAGCUCGUCGACACAUGAGGAUGGGAGGGAAAUGAUGGUAAUGGGAGACACUGCAGCAACGAAGAGUGUGGGGGCAUGGUUUUUUCAAAGUAUCGACAUAAAGCCAUGCAAAAUUAAAAUUGAUUAUCGUCCAAACCAUAUCGACUUUGCUGCGUUGCGGGCUGGUGACUAUCUCGAAGUGAUCAACUUAUUUGUUCUAGAAGGCAUGGAGCUGGUUCUUCGGCGCGUACAAAUGAGUGGACUAGACGGGUGGGUAGCUCUGGGAGAAGCAGUUUUGAUAUCUUGGGUGCAAGACAUUUCACGUCGCCAGAUUCACAAGUGUGUGGCUAGUGUGUCGAUGCCUCCACUACGUCCGUUUGUCAACAUUGGCGCUGGUGCUGCCGACUUGAUUUUGCUCCCGUUGGAGCACUAUGGACGGGACCGCCGCUUUGUACGGGGCCUUAAAAAAGGAGCUUCAAGUUUUCUCAAGUCGGUGACAAUUGAAACAUUAACAACAGUAUCCAAGGUGGCACAAGGCACGCAGGCAUUGCUUGAACACGCAGAUGGCGUUGUGUCGUCAUCUUCUGAACUGCGUCGCAAGCAUCUCAAAUACCGCCAAGCCGGUAGUCGCAUCGCACGGAAUUCGCGCCGAAUGGGUGGGGGUGGUAUUCGCAAUACCCAAGAUGCGGGCGGAGGGAUUGGUGGCCGCCAAUAUUUGAUUCAGCAACCAGCGAGCGCUUCUGAAGGAUUUGGUCAAGCGUACGACUCACUAGCGCGUGAGCUGCACGUGGCUGCAAAGACUAUUGUGGCUGUGCCGUUAGUCGAGUACAGGAAAACGGGAUCACAGGGCUAUGUAAGAUCAGUUAUUCGUGCCGUACCAGUGGCAGUACUGCGUCCCAUGAUUGGUGCAUCUGAAGCCGUGGCAAAGGCGCUCAUCGGCGUGCGCAACGCUGUAGAUCCGGAAAUGAAGGAGGAUAUUGAGAACAAGUUUAAGGACUUUCGAGCUAAUUAA